AUGGAGUUUGACUUUGACGCGAUCGAGGAGGAGGACUCGCCGUACCCAGAAGUACGAGCGUCGGUCUCCAACAUCGACGACCCGGACAUGCCCGCGCUCACGCUGCGGACAUGGUUCAUCGGUCUCCUGUUGUCCCUGGUAUCUGGCGGGUUGAACACAUUCUUCAAUUUCCGACAACCUGCGCCCAGCAUCAUCUCUAUAGUCCUGCUUCUAAUUGCCUAUCCCAUCGGCCGCUUCUUCGCCUUUUGCUUGCCAAUCACAACUUACCGCAUCCCGCUACCCCAUCUACCACGGUUCAUCCCUCAGUCCGAAGGCUCCUGGCUCCGCAAGAAGCUCCACUAUACGCUCUCUCGAUGGUCACAACCUCGCAGCCUAUCCUUCUCCCUCAAUCCCGGUCCUUGGAGUAUCAAGGAGCACGCAUUGGUCUUCAUCAUGUCCAAUGUGUCCAUAUCGUCGCCGUACGCCUUGAACGUGAUCGUCGUGUCCCAGGUCUAUUACGAGCAAAGUUUUGACUACUGGUUUGAGCUGACGCUUGUUCUCGCGACUCAGCUGACUGGAUUUGGACUUGCGGGGCUAUGUCGGCGGUUCCUUGUAUGGCCGGCAUCCAUGGUCUGGCCCUCAAACCUCGUCGCAUGCACUCUGUUGAACACACUCCAUGCUGAGGAAGAGGGUCUGAUCGCGGACAAUGCCAGCAUUAACGAGCCACGUCGCAGUGGGAUGACGCGGUAUCGCUACUUCUGCUGGGUGUGCGCGGGUGCCUUCCUUUUCUUCUUCUGCCAUCUGCCAGGCUUCCUUUUUGUAGGAUUGUCGGUGUUCUCGUACGUCUGCUGGGCGGCGCCGAACAACAUCCCUGUCAACCAGCUCUUCGGCGUGAGCUCCGGCCUUGGUAUGGGCAUAUUGACGUUCGACUGGACGCAAAUAUCGUGGAUAUCCAGUCCGCUUAUGGUGCCAUGGUGGGCGCAAGUCCACAUCUUCACUGGCUUCGUGCUGUUCUUCUGGAUAUUGACGCCGAUAUUGUACUACACAAACACGUGGGAGCUGUCAUACUUCCCAAUCUCCGCCAACGAGCCAUAUGACCGCUUCGGGCGCCCGUACAACAUCUCGCGCGUGCUCACGAAGGACGACACGUUCGACGAGGAGGCGUACAACAACUACUCCCCGUUGUUCUUGCCGGCGACGUACACGAUCACGUACUUGCUCGCCUUCGCGCUGUCCACGAGCGUCAUCGUGCACACCAUCCUCUACCAUGGUCGCACGCUGAUCAACGGCGCGAAGCGGCUGCGGGUGGAGGCCGACGAUAUCCACGCGAAGCUCAUGCGUAACUACCCUGAGGUGCCGAACUGGUGGUACCUGAGUGCGUUAGUUGUCUUCUUCAGCUUGGCUAUCGUCGCGGUGGAGGUCUGGGACACGACUGUGCCGGUGUACGCGCUAGUCGUCGCGGUCAUCCUGCCGAUCUUGUAUGUACUGCCCAGUGGCUUCGUCUAUGCGAUGACCGGACAAGGCAUUGGGAUCAACAUCCUGGCGCAGAUUGUGCCAGGGACGCUCGUUCCGGGUAACCCGCUCGCGAACAUGAUCUUCAAGGCGUAUUCCGUUCAGACGUUGGCAUCGGCGCAGAACUUCGUGCAGGAUCUCAAGCUUGGCCACUACGUCAAGGUGCCCCCACGCGCGACCUUCAUGGUCCAACUGGUUGCGACGAUUCUGAGCGCGUUCCUGCAAGUCGGUGUUAAGACAUGGUUGUUCAGCAACGUGCACGACAUCUGCACAGAGGGGCAGAAGAGCCAGCUCACUUGUCCGCACAACCAGGUCUACUACACCGCGAGCGCUGUCUGGGGUCUCAUCGGCCCAGUGCGCCAGUUCGGCUCGAACUCGAUCUACCACCCGCACCUCUACGCGAUGGUCAUCGGCGUCUUCCUCCCCUUCCCGUUCUGGUUCUGGCAGCGGCGGCAUCCGAACUCAUGGAUCAAGUACGUCUCGACGCCGGUUAUCUUGAACGGUGUCUCGCAGAUCCCACCCGCGACGGGCAUAAACUACUCGAGCUGGUUCUUGGUGGGCUUCGUCUUCCAGUACCUCAUCCGGAAGCGGAACUUCGCGUGGUGGAGCAAGUUCAACUAUGUGACGAGCGCGGCGAUCGAUAGUGGCACCGUCAUAUCGCUCAUCUUCAUCUUCUUGACGCUGCAGUUCCCAAAAGGGGGCGUCAACCUAGAUUGGUGGGGUAACACGGUGUUCAUGAACACGGCCGACUUCAAGCGCUCCCCGUUACGGAGCGUUCCCGAGGGCGGGAUUCCCUCGGCCUCAUAG